GCGAUGUCAGCAUCACUUGUUCAAUAUCACCUCAAAGCCAGCAGCUUCUACAAGGAGAAUUUACUCUGAAGCAGAUUUCAGGCUCAUUCAGUCAGAAAAAACCAUCAACCACCAACUCUGCUACAUUCAAGAUCCUCAAAGUAGAUUUUGACAAGGAUGGAUUAUACCAGUGUGAAUAUUCACAUGACUCCAGCAUCUCCACAAGUGACUCUGUCACCGUCUCUGUUACUGUGUUGCUGCAGCAGCCCAGGAUCUCUGUGACAUCUCCAGAUGGAAGACUUGCUAUGGUUAUAGAAAUCAUGAAGGGCUACAGCUUCAUCUUCACCUGCUCAAACAAUGAUCGCUAUUCAGGAGGAGUUUUCAAUCUCAUCUACUCUGGCUCCAACAUGAAACACAAUAAGACAUCUGUCAACAGCUCAGCCUCCUUUAGUUUCCCUGUAGCUGACUUUGGACACGAGGGCCGCUACAGCUGUGUGUAUGAGAUAACUCUGACAGAAGGAACAUUCACUUCUCCUGAGGCGGAGUGGAUUUAUGUCUCCGUUAUAUAUUCAAGAACUCCAAUCCUGAGAUAUGUUCUCCUGCCUCUGGUUCUGCUUUUGGAGAACAUUGCCCUUCAUUUCUACUAUAAGGUCAUCAAAAAGCAGAAAUCAGACAAAAAGGAGAACAAUGAGACGGAUGUUUCCAGAGCUGAAGAAGUGGAGGCCGAGGAGGAAGCGGUCCAAGAAAUAGAAUAGAAUUGAAACACAUAGAAACACACACAAGUUUAAAAUCCACUAUCUGAUUUUAUCUAUAUCUAUC